AUGGGCAGCGUCGCGAAGUCUAACACUUUCCUCUUCACCUCCGAGUCGGUCGGUGAGGGUCACCCCGAUAAGAUUGCUGACCAGGUCUCUGAUGCCGUCCUCGAUGCCUGCCUUGCUGAGGACCCUCUCUCCAAGGUCGCUUGUGAGACUGCUACCAAGACUGGUAUGAUUAUGGUCUUUGGUGAAAUCACUACCAAUGCCAAGCUGGACUACCAGAAGAUCAUCCGUGGUGCCAUCAAGGACAUUGGUUAUGAUGACUCCGAGAAGGGUUUCGACUACAAGACCUGCAACGUCCUUGUCGCCAUUGAGCAGCAGUCCCCCGACAUUGCUCAGGGUCUCCACUACGAUGAGGCUCUUGAGAAGCUCGGUGCUGGUGACCAGGGUAUCAUGUUCGGUUAUGCCACCGACGAGACCCCUGAGCUCCUCCCUCUCACCCUCCUGCUCUCUCACAAGCUCAACGCUGCUAUGACGCAGGCUCGUAACGACGGUUCCAUCCCCUGGCUCCGUCCCGACACCAAGACCCAGGUCACCGUUGAGUACGCUCACGACGGCGGUGCCGUCAAGCCCCUGCGUGUGGACACUGUCGUUGUCUCUGCUCAACACAGCGAUGAUGUUUCCACUGAGGAGCUCCGUGCUGUCAUCAAGGAGAAGAUCGUCAAGAAGGUCAUCCCCGCUGAGCUCCUGGACGACCGCACCAUUUACCACAUCCAGCCCUCUGGCCGCUUCGUCAUCGGUGGUCCUCAGGGUGAUGCCGGUCUCACUGGCCGUAAGAUCAUUGUCGACACCUACGGUGGCUGGGGUGCCCACGGUGGUGGUGCUUUCUCCGGCAAGGACUACUCCAAGGUCGACCGUUCCGCUGCCUACGUCGGUCGUUGGAUCGCCAAGUCCCUUGUUCACGCCGGCCUUGCCCGCCGUGUCCUUGUCCAGCUCUCCUACGCCAUUGGUGUCGCUGAGCCCCUCUCCAUCUUCGUCGAGACCUACGGUACCUCUGAGAAGUCCUCGGAUGAGCUCGUCGAGAUCAUCCGCAAGAACUUCGAUCUCCGCCCCGGUGUCAUUGUCAAGGAGCUCGACCUUGCCAAGCCCAUCUACUUCCAGACUGCCAAGAACGGUCACUUCACCAACCAGAGCUUCCCCUGGGAGAAGCCCAAGACUCUCAAGUUCUAA